GAGCGGCGCUCGCGCAAUGUAGUCCCUCGGCUAUCCUUGACGCGGGAGCAUCGUCGUUUCGAAAGAGCCGCGACCUUCUCCCGUCGCGUCGCGCGCGUUCCGUGGAACGUCCGAGGAUCCGCACGCUCCUCCACACCGGCCAAUUCCCCCCGGAACCGGAACCGGUCAUUCGCGAUCGGCGAACCUCGUGGCCAUCGAUGCGACGCGAAUAACCCCGUUUUUGAGCCACCCUCCAGUUCCUUCUUUUUCUCUGACCAAGAAAAUCCGAUAUCGCUGGAUCGAGCAAUCGUCAGUGGAUCGUGCCGAUUUCCAAGAUGUGGUGCAGUGACAUAACCGGUGAACCGUGAUCCUGUUCGCUAGCACUCGAUAGGGCAUGGAUGGAAUCUUAACGCGGACACGGUGGUUCGCGCGCUUCGCGUUUAAUUUCGGGUGCAGUUAACUGCGGUGAAUUGGUUCAGUCGUCUACUCCGUUUUUCGAUCCUAGGAGUCUCGAGAGAAACACUUUCGAUUUCCAGAGAGAACAUUUACGUGAUUCUAAUUCACAGACUGCAGCUGCUAGCUCGCGACACAUCGUCGACGCUGGAAACUUGGAUCGCAGAUUUCCGAAGCACUUCGAAAAGACUUGUCGCGAAUCGCUGGCGUUAAGUCCAACUGGGCCAAGAAUCUCUGGCCCGAGUUCGGAGCGAAACUUCUACCGAACGAGGAAGCAGUGUGCAUAAAAGGCUCGUAACGCUACCGCCGGUGGUUCGCGAAUGAAACUGGCUGACGUACGGCUAGAGUUCGUAGCCCGAUCGAACUUGGCACCAACUUCCUUUCAUCGUCGAAUGGAACACCUCGCCGCCGUAACUAAAUCUCUUUCCACCGAACACCAGUACCUCAGGCUCUGAUACCUGGAAACUCGACGGCUCGACGGAUGAGAAAUCCCAAAGGAAGCUUCGCGAACUCUGCACCGAAGCGAUUCACAUUAGCGGCACAGAGUCGUCGACGUUAACGCGUUCGCAACUACUGACGCAAUUCUAUGUACUUUGUUCUCGCGAACUACAGAUCGUUGACCACGGUACUGCUUCUAUUCAUUGGUUGAAUCGUGUGGCUGUUGAAACGUUAAUCGUACAUCUUCCGACGGACACCGGUGAAAAACCUGGAUCGGUUCGAUCGAGGUCAACGCUCCCUUGCUUUUGAACCAGAAAAACACCCCUUUUCCCAUGGAAUGUUAAACUUGGAACUUAUCCGUCAAGUUAGACAAGCAAAUCGGACGAAACGCGUCCUCUGUACUUACGUUUUCUUAUCAGCUGCUCCGUCAGUGUCCUAUCGUGAUAUACAUAUAUCGAACCGUGGAAGUUGCUCGAUCGAAGAGCCAAUCGAUUUCCACGACGAAGACAACGAACGAUGCAUUACUCGACAAUUAGAGCUUGAAUAGGGUACGAAGGGAGACGAUUCCGAACAAUGCAGCGAAGCACAGCGACGCACAGCAAGAAAGUGCGAGAAAGAAUGAUCGAUGGAACGUCUAGCGCGUCGAGGAAAUUACUUUAACGAGUCCCGCCUAAUGCAUCGCGAACGACUUUGCGGUCGUCAGUGCGGCGAGAGGCGUAAAAGCGUCCACUGCCACCAUUUCUCCUCGUCUUCCUCUUUCGCUCGCUCUAUCUCGCUUGGUCUCUCUGAUCUCAGACCAGUUCAAACUACUGCCAUACGACCGCCAAAGAAACACUCCUGUCGUUAAUUGCAUUCAUUGGGAACUCGCGUCGCGCUACGUUGCGCUUUAUUCCACUGACGGAAGGCAAGGUGGUCGCGAGCUUCCUAACAUCCGAAAGUUCAUCGUGUUUACAAGAGGAAAAAGGAGAAACGGAUGAAACAAUAUUCGCGCGUCGAACGCACCGCGAACGUAACAAGAUUUUGUCAAUUUUUUGACGUGCAAGUGAUAUCGAACGAACAAAACGGAACAGUGCCGUGUUGUCAACGAAAACGAACUGCAAAUCGUGGAAUUGUGCUUCGGAUUGUGAACCUAAACCGUGCAUCGCGAGUCUCCAGUAUUGGGUCUCCGUCGGAUCUCGUGAAGGGAUCGCGUGAAAUGCCACGUUCUUGGAGAAACUGGAAAUAGUGAGAGGCUAUACAUCGGUUUUGACGAACGAGUCGAGGAAACGACGUGAAAUGCGUGCAAGAUAGUAUAUAUCAAUAUGUGAAAGAACCACGCCGAGGAAAAGCGAUGUCUACUUCUCUUCCCGUGCUCGUCUGUUUUAUCGUUUCUUUUGGUGGCAUAGCGUCGUGUCUACGAAAUUUUCGAACCGAUUUUCUAGAGGAAUGGCCGACACCUGGAACAGGGCCCCAUUUCGACACCACCAUGCAGUCAAAUUUCACCGGUUUGGUGGGGAAAACUGUGCAUCUGGUGUGCAAAGUGAAAAAUCUUGGAAAUCGAACGGUAUCCUGGGUAAGGCAUCGAGACAUACAUCUAUUAACGGUUGGUCGUUACACGUACACGAGCGACCAGCGUUUCGAAGCUGUGCAUUAUCCGCACACCGAAGAUUGGACGCUGACGAUACGAUUUCCCCAGAAGAAGGAUUCCGGUAUCUACGAGUGCCAAAUAUCAACGACACCGCCUAUCGGUCAUCCUGUUUAUCUAACGAUAGUUGAGCCGAUUACCAAUAUAAUUGGAGCGCCCGAUCUGUUCGUCAACAAGGGUAGCACCAUUAAUCUGACUUGCGUCGUGAAAUACGCUCCAGAACCGCCGCCCAUGAUGAACUGGAGUCAUAACACACAGGUAAUUAAUUUCGACUCGCCGCGCGGCGGUAUCAGCUUGGUGACGGAGAAAGGCCCCGAAACGACCAGCCGUUUAAUGAUCCAGAAAGCGGUGCCGAGCGACUCUGGAAUCUACACCUGCGAGCCGAGCAACGCGAAUCCCAGCAGCAUCAAGGUGCACGUUGUUAACGAGGAACAUCCAGCUGCCAUGCAUCACGGAGAAGGAAGUUCGUCGUAUGCUCGGACGCGGCCGAUGUGUUUUAUAAUUUUAAUAAUAGUUAACGUAAUAUUUAUAUAACGUGAAACGAAGAAACCGAAACGAAGACGAAACAAACACUUACCCGACACGAUAAUACAACGCGAUUUUCAGUGGAGUCGCAUCGCCUACGAUCGUUACCGUUCUUUGGGAAAAUAUUUGUGCAGGGUAAAACCGAAUAUUACCUACAUUUACAUUGAAUUUCCGUGACCAAAAGAGUUUUCGAAUAUCAGCACGGCACAAUAAUCGGUAAGAGCGUAGUAUUUUGUUAAGAUAUAUCAUCAAGAACGAAUAACUUACGACGUCAAAAUUUAUUGUAUUAUUUGUAAAUAAAUUUAUUGUAUGUACAUAUCAAUAAAACAAUUGUCUUUA